GUCAAGUUGAGAUCUAGGUCUAAGUUAAGAAUUUUUAAUAAAAAUGUGUAAAUAUUAAAAAUAAAACUCUAAAAUAAUACAAAUUAUUACAGAACUGUUCAAAUAUACAUCAUUGAUGCCAUAAGUGACAUAAUUUGAACACAUCCUGGAGAAAAAAUAAAAGAACAAUGACGAUAAUUCUAACAAGAACGCGAAUAUUAUACACUUACCUUUUCAAGCCCAAUUUCAGUACAGCGGCCAAAUCUGUGGCCUCUAUUCAAAUAAACAAUAAAGAAUAUGCUACAGAUGAUUAUACAAAUGUUACGCCAAAAAUAAUAUCAUAUUUAAAUAGGAAUUUACACUUGCAAAAGGGCCAUCCACUGUCCAUGGUGCGGCAGCGAAUUGUGAAUUAUUUUUACUCAUCAUUUACGCAUGGAGGAAACCCAACAUUCAGUGUAUACGAUAACUUAUCACCGAUUGUCUCUACGAAGCAGAACUUUGAUGAUUUGCUUAUACCAAUUGACCAUGUUAGUAGGGCUAAGUCGGAUUGUUAUUACGUAAAUAAUUCUUUACUUCUGCGAGCUCACAUGACAGCACAUCAAAGUGAGUUGCUUCGGGCUGGUCUGGAUAACUUUCUCAUGAUUGGUGAUGUAUAUAGAAGGGAUGAAAUUGACUCUACACAUUUUCCAGUUUUUCAUCAGGUAGAUGCUGUACGAUCUCAACUUAAGGAACAAUUAUUUGAAAACCACCCUAAUCUAGAAAUAUUUGAAAAGUCAUUUACUGAUAACCCACAAACAUUUAAGAAUACAAUUGACGAUCCAACAAAACAGAGCUGCCAUACAUUAGAAGCCACUAAAUUGAUGGAAGCACAAUUAAAAAAUCAUCUAAUCGGUUUGGUAAAAGCACUAUUCGGAGAUGAUAUUAAACACAGAUGGGUUGACGAAUACUUUCCCUUCACGCAUCCUUCCUGGGAGCUAGAGAUCUUCUAUGAAAAUAAAUGGAUGGAAGUUCUAGGCUGUGGUAUUGUGCGAAAUGAAAUACUUGCCAAUGCCGGACCUAAUAAUAGCAUAGCAUACGCAUUUGGUCUAGGUUUGGAAAGACUGGCCAUGGCGCUAUACAAAAUACCAGACAUUCGGCUCAUGUGGAGUACCGAUUCCGGAUUUUUAAUGCAAUUUCAGGAUAAAGAGCUAAAUGCCAAGAUAUCAUAUAAACCGGUGUCUAUAUACCCUCAAUGUAGCAACGAUUUGUCAUUUUGGUUACCUCCUAAUUAUACUAUAGAUACUUUCAUGAGUAACGACUUUUAUGACUUGGUGAGGGAUGUUGGAGGUGAUAUUGUAGAACAGGUAAAACUGAAGGACAAAUUCAUACAUCCAAAGACAAAGAAGCAUAGCCUAUGUUACAGUAUUGUAUACAGGCAUUUAGAAAAAACUCUGACGCAAGCAGAAGUUAACCUCAUCCAUAAACAAAUAGAGAAAGCGGCAGAACAAACCUUUGGAGUUGUUACUAGAUAAUGUGUUAAUAAAUCAGUUGAUCUA